AUGACUAAGAACAAAUAUUCAAGUGGGGAUGAAGUGACCGGUGAUGAACUGACCGAGAAUGAAGAGACCGUGGAUGAAGUGACCGGGGAUGAAGAGACUGAGGAAGAAGUGACCGGUAAUGAACUGACCGAGAAUGAAGAGACCGGGGAUGAACUGACUGGGGAUAAUGAUACCGGUGAUGAAGUGACCGGUGAUGAACUGAUCGAGAAUGAAGAGACUGGGAAUGAAGUGACCGGUGAUGAACUGAUCGAGAGUGAAGAGACUGGGAAUGAAGUGACCGGUGAUGAACUGAUCGAGAAUGAAGAGACUGGGAAUGAAGUGACCGAGACUGGGAAUGAAGUGACCGGUGAUGAAGUGACCGGUGAUGAACUGAUCGAGAAUGAAGUGACUGGGAAUGAAGUGACCGGUGAUGAAGAGACUGGGAAUGAAGUGACCGGUGAUGAACUGAUCGAGAGUGAAGAGACUGGGAAUGAAGUGACCGGUGAUGAAGUGACCGGUGAUGAACUGAUCGAGAAUGAAGUGACUGGGAAUGAAGUGACCGGUGAUGAAGUGACCGUGGAUGAAGUGACCGGUGAUGAGCUGACCGAGGAUGAAGAUACCGGGGAAGAAGUGACCGGGGAUAAAGUGAACGUAGAGUAUAAGAACGGGAAUGAAAAUACCGGGGAUGAACUGACUGGAAAUGAAGUGACCGAGAUUUAA